GGCGCGGAAGGCACAUCUAGGCACAGGGCAGAAGGGGUCCUGUCAUGGUGCGGAACAAGUGAUUGAGGGAGGCAGCGCUAUGAGGGAGAGGCGCGGCUAAGCUCUUGCACACGAGAGUCGCCUCUCUCGACACCAUGGACAGGGCCCAGCGCCUGCGCCUCAUUCUUCAGGGCCUCAUUUGGGCAUGGAUCUACCGGCAUACAGAUGCGGCGGGGGGCAGUCUGUUGGAGGCGUUGGGUGUGUCCCAGCAGCCGAUGGGCGUGGAACAGACCCGGGGGAUGUGCGACGACCGAGCAGGUCAGGGCCCCGACACCGCCUACAAGGUCACCAAGCAGACUGUCCUCACCGUCCCGACGGCGCAGCUCUUUAAAGACCAAUUUCCCGAAGACUUUAGCAUCAUGACCACCCUGAGACCCGACCAAGGCUCGAGCUCCGUGCUGUUCGGCUUGUACUCGGACGCGGGCGACGACCAGCUCCUGGUGGAGGUGGGCGACACCGUCAAGCUCUUCUACCAGGACGAGGAGGGGAGGCCCGAGGGAGGGAACGACCUGGAGUUCGGCGUCGCGAUCAACGACGGGAACUUCCUCCCGCAGGGCGACAUCCAACAGCUGGACAUCGUGUCGGGCCCGGAGGCCGCCUACGAGCACUGCGAUUACUACAUGCCCGACUGCGACUGGGAGCUGCCAGCCUCGCUCGGCGCCGGACAAACGCAGUUCGAGUACGUGGACAGGACCGAAGAACAGCUGGUCUACAACGAAGAGGAAUUCGUGGCGGACAACAUCACGGAUUUGAACACCGGCGGCCUGGAGUACCCUCCGCCGCGCAUCCUGCGGGGCCACCCAGGACCCCAGGGCCCUCCGGGACCCAUAGGACCUAAGGGCGACCCAGGCCGUGACGGGAUCCCGGGAACUGACGGCGUCGCAGGGCCGCCCGGACACGUGUUCAUGAUCCCGCUCAACAUCGACGGCAACAGCAAGGGGCCGGACGCCAUGGUGCAGACGCUGCAGAAUAUGCUCACGCAGCACAUGGAGUCCAUGCGCGGCGCCGACGGCCCCAUGGGCCUCACGGGGCUGCCGGGUCCCGAGGGCCCCCCCGGGGAGACCGGGUACAAGGGCGAGCCCGGAGAGGUCGGAGAACCGGGUCCUCGAGGCAUGCGGGGCAACAUCGGUCUGCAAGGCCGCCUGGGGCGCCGCGGCCGGCCGGGGCGCGACGGCGAGCGAGGUCUGUCGGGCAUCCCGGGGUCCAAGGGAGAGCCGGGUCUACGCGGCUUACCAGGUAUACCUGGUGACAAGGGUCACCGAGGUCCCGUCGGCCUGACAGGACCUGUCGGUCUGCCAGGUCACGAGGGAAUGCCUGGCGAGCCCGGAACUCCCGGUGUCCCAGGUCUCCCCGGAGAGAUGGGCCCACGAGGCUUCAUCGGCCCCCGAGGCUUCCCUGGGCUUCCAGGUCCCCCGGGGAUCCCAGGCAGCGAGGGCACCACGGGGCCGAAGGGCAACAACGGCCCACCGGGACAACCUGGCCCGCCAGGCCAAGCCGGCCCCCUUGGCGCGAUCGGUCCUCCCGGCCCACAGGGCUUAAUCGGUCCACCUGGCUCUGCGGGACCCCGAGGCAAGCCAGGUCUGGCUGGCCUUCCGGGCGCCGACGGCCUUCCCGGCCACCCCGGCAACCCAGGCAUCGUAGGAUCCAAGGGAGAUAAAGGGCCGGUGGGACCUCAGGGUUCUCUCGGCUUCCCUGGGCCGCGCGGUGUCAAGGGCGACCAAGGGAACCGCGGGAUGCAGGGCGAGAAGGGCAGCAAGGGCGACCUGGGCCCCGACGGAGAGAAGGGAGACAUCGGCCCCAAGGGCGAGCGAGGGGAGGUCGGACCCGAGGGACAGACUGGCCUCGAGGGCCCCGAAGGACCCAAGGGCUUCGAGGGGCCUCGCGGCGAGACCGGACCACCGGGCCCCAACGGCGAGAAGGGCAAGCUCGGAGUGCCCGGCUUCCCAGGGUACCCAGGUCCCCCCGGGGACAAGGGCGACAAGGGCUCGCCUGGGCUGACGGGCCGAACGGGUGACAAGGGCGAGCGCGGAAACGUCGGGCUGCCCGGCGAGCGGGGCGAACAGGGCCCCAGGGGUUUCCGAGGCUCCCGCGGCCGCCGAGGCAAGAUGGGUCUGAACGGCCCCAAGGGCGACACCGGCCAGCCAGGACCACCCGGGCCCAUUGGCGAGCAGGGUACCCAGGGUCCGGAGGGCCCUAGGGGCUUCGCUGGCCCCGCUGGGCCACCAGGCGUCGACGGCAAGGACGGCAUCAUGGGCCCCCCGGGAGAGCGCGGUCCUCCGGGCGAAGCGGGGAACCAAGGACCACCUGGGCCUCCGGGCGUGGUUGGUCCCAUGGGUUCCGCCGGCGAACCUGGCCCCAUCGGAGACCCUGGUCCUUCCGGUACGUCGGGCGUUCCAGGAGAACCGGGAAGGCCGGGCGAGGCGGGCAAAGAGGGCGCUCCGGGUCCCAUGGGUCCUGCAGGAAAGACGGGCCCUGUGGGUCCUCCGGGUCCGCCAGGCUUCCCAGGAGAGCGAGGGUUGCCGGGCAUCCCUGGAGCGCCGGGCCUGAAGGGCGAGAUGGGCCCCCCAGGACCAGCCGGAGCCACCGGGGACAAGGGUGCCAUGGGCUUGGCCGGCGAGGCAGGCCCACAAGGACCCAUGGGCAAGAGCGGACCUCGAGGCAGCCGCGGUUCAUCUGGAGCCAAGGGAGAGAGUGGAGAUCCAGGCAUACCCGGACCAACUGGGCGUGAUGGUCUCCUCGGACCGAGAGGUCUCCCUGGUCCCCCCGGCCCCGUCGGCGAACCGGGUGAGGACGGCGACAAGGGCGAGGCCGGUGCGCCGGGAGAGAAGGGCUUCAAGGGCGACAAAGGAAACCAAGGUCCCGCAGGGCCUCCAGGCCCUCAGGGUCUGCGAGGCGCACCUGGAGCCCCUGGAGCACCUGGCGAGCGCGGCUCCCCUGGCGGUAUGGGCCACGCUGGCCGCAAGGGCGAGGACGGCCCACAGGGUCUUCCUGGCCCGGCCGGACCACCCGGCCUCCAGGGCAUGCCUGGUCCCUCCGGCGUCAAGGGCGAGAAGGGAGACAUCGGCAAAAGAGGCCUCCCCGGCCCCCUCGGCCCCAUCGGCGAACAAGGCGCUCCUGGAAGCAAGGGCGGCCCAGGGCUCCCAGGCCCCAACGGCCCCGACGGCCCCCAGGGUGCCAAGGGAGAGCCAGGCCAGUCCGGCCCGCCCGGUCCACCCGGAAAGGACGGCGAACACGGACGCGAAGGACCUGCCGGACCCAAGGGCGAGGAGGGCAAGCCAGGACUCCAGGGAUCUCCGGGUAUUCGUGGACCGAUCGGCCCGCCCGGGCCCAAGGGCAACUCCGGCCCACCUGGCUUCCCCGGCGCCGUGGGAGAACCCGGCAAGCAAGGGCCCAAGGGCAACCCCGGCAAGGACGGCGACGACGGCAAGGUCGGAGAGCAAGGUCCCCCCGGGGAACCCGGCUCACCCGGCCAGAUGGGGCUCCCGGGAGUCAACGGAAAACCGGGUCCUGAGGGGCCGGCUGGCGUGCAGGGGCCUCCAGGGCAGCCGGGAGAGAAGGGAGACACUGGUGUGACUGGACCUUUGGGGCCUCCGGGUGCCACUGGGCCUCAAGGUCUUCCUGGACCUCAGGGGCUGCCUGGUCUGCGAGGAUCUCCUGGACCUGCUGGCGACCUGGGUCUUCCGGGCAAGGACGGCGCUCCAGGACAGCCAGGUCUUCCAGGUCUCCCUGGUCUCAAGGGCCAAAAGGGCUCCCGAGGCCGCCGAGGGCCGAAGGGGCACCGCGGAGAGAUCGGUAUUUCCGGCCCCAAGGGCGACAUGGGCGAAAAGGGAGAGCCCGGGAAGAACGGGCCUCAAGGUCCUUCUGGCUUCAAGGGCGAACCCGGGCCUUUGGGCAUCUUAGGCUUGAAGGGUUCGGAUGGACCCCAGGGUCUGCCAGGUGACAUCGGACCUCCCGGGCCCAAGGGCGUGCCUGGAGCGACUGGCCCCAAAGGAGAACAGGGUCCUUCAGGUCCUCCAGGUCCUCCGGGUCCUCCAGGAGAACUACCACUGCUUCCUCCGGAGCUCCUCUUCCAGCGCGACGCUCCCUACGACCCGGACGACUCUGGCCGCUUCAAGAGGUCGCCGAGAGGCAUGGACGACUGUAGGAUAGGCGAAGUGUGUGACGACACCCCUGAAGACGACAUCUCCCCCUCAGUACCCGCUGGGGGGAGAGGUCGAGCAGGUGGUAGGAGACGCAGACCGCCCUCAGCCGUCCCAGUGGAUAGACGACGCAAGAAUCGGCGGAGAGGAGGUUACAAGGAUAGGGAAGCUGUGCAGAGUGACGUGGACACCAGGUUAGUAAGGCGUCCGGCCGAUAGAUGGCUCUUUGCUGGCUGCUCUUCCAUCGGCUGCUGCAGCACAAUUUAAUUCUUUAUUUGUUUGCUUUUCUUUUCUUUUUUGUUUUAAUCAGCCAUCUCUAAAAAUCCUGUAAAUGGGUAAAUGCUAACGUAUUAGAUUUAUAGUCGUUAAUAUUAGAGCCAGAGAUUUCCAUCGAUGUACAU